GCGAAUCCAUCUGUAUGCAGUUCUCGGCGCUUCCGUUCCGUCUGUCGGAGGAUCCUACAGUUCUCUUCAUAAACUUGGGAACUGUACACGAUGGACGAAUGCUAACAGCGCCACAUGUUUCUUUCCCAUUUUCCUUCCCUGAAGCUAUAAAAACGUCUCCAUCUUAGCAAAAGAGAACAUUGAUUUAUCAAAAACGACGUCCUGAGAAGCAUCAUUAUGAGUGUACUGCCCCCUGUACGAAAAGACCGCAUAAUCGGACAGCUUCCUAAGUGUUUCAACAAAGGCACUGCUUUGAACACAGAGAAUGCAUUUCACAGCAAGGUGAAGACGGCCUGUCAGCAGCAGAGGACAGGAACUGUGGGUAGGUUUAAGAUCUCCAAGGUUAUUGUAGUUGGAGAUCUGGCGGUGGGGAAAACCUGUUUGAUUAAUAGAUUUUGUAAAGAUGUCUUUGACAAAAAUUACAAAGCUACCAUUGGUGUGGACUUUGAAAUGGAGAGGUUUGAAGUUCUCGGAGUCCCCUUCAGUCUGCAACUAUGGGACACUGCAGGACAGGAGAGGUUUAAAUGCAUUGCCUCAACAUACUACAGAGGAGCUCAGGCUGUAAUCAUUGUAUUUGACCUGACUGAUGUGGCUUCACUGGAGCACACCAGGCAAUGGCUUGAAGACGCUAUGAAAGAGAAUGAUCCUACCAGCGUGUUACUGUUCUUGGUGGGAACGAAGAAAGAUCUGAGUUCUCCUGCGCAGUAUUCACUAAUUGAGCAGGAUGCAAUUAAAAUAGCAGAUCAGAUGAAAGCGGAGUACUGGGCUUUGUCUGCCUUGUCUGGGGAGAAUGUGAGAGACUUUUUCUUCAGAGUCGCAUCUUUAACCUUUGAGGCCAAUGUACUGGCAGAACUGGAGAAAAGUGGAUCAAGACGUAUUGGGGAAGUUGUUCAAAUCAACAGCAACUCUAAUAACCUGUAUGCAACGUCCAAGAAGAAACAGAGCAACUGUUGUCAGUAGAUUCUGACUAUAUAAAAAGGCAAAAAUUUGCACCGACACAUAAUGGUUCCAAAGCAAAACACAUAAAAAUGUACAUAUCUGUGCAUAGGGAGAAGAUACGAAAAGUGGGAUUUCAAGCAAAAGAGAGCUCUGCAAAGAGCAGUGUGGUUUGUUAUUCAGAGGGCGUAACUGAAUAUCCGCUGGAUAAAAGAAAACAUUCCUUUGUUGGAAAA